AUGCUUAACGAACCUAUCUCACCAAUCUCUUCAACACCUUCAUCUCCACCCUACUACAUACUAUCAUCUGACUCCGAACCCUCUGACUCUCAAUCCCCCACCUUGGCUCAGCUUCAGGCCCAUGCUCUUGCCUCACAACAACAACCUGAACUAGAAGCCAACACUUCACCACCUGAACAACCAAUUCCACCACCAUCUGAACAAGCACAAAUACCAACACCUAAACAACCCACAACACCACCAUCUGAACAACCACCAAUUCCACCACCUAAACAACAAACAACAACACCAUAUGAAACUCCCAUCGUACCACCCUUUGAACACAUUCUUUUCCCUGCCUCUCAACCUCAUGCUGACACUACCCAAACCCCACCAGAAUUUCCAUCCCCCAACUUUGAACCAGAACCUACCUUCCCCACCCUAGAAGAAGAAAUCUCUUUAUUUAGUGAGUCUUCAGUGGAGAAGAUCAGAUCUCUAUAUGAGAACUCUGGUAUCAGUGACGAUCCCUCUGUAGUAAGGAUUCACUGGAACAGAGUGAUCAGAUGGAUGACCUAUGAGGCCUUCAAACUGAAAAUCCUCUUUGAACAAGUCCGCAAUGACUUUAUCAGAGAAGCUAGAGAAAGACUACAAACACGACUAGUCAGAGAGGGAGAGGAAAAGGCCAGAAGCGAAGCAGAAGAGAAAUCUCGUCUGGAAGAAGAGAAACGGGUUGGAGAAGCUGCAGAAAAGGCUGCUGAUGAAGCUGCUGCUGCUGCAGCUGCUGCUGAAGCUAAAGCAAAAGCAAAAGAUGACGCUGAAGAGGCAACACACAUAGUUGCGGAAGAAGCUGCAAAAGCUAGCACUGAUGCUCUGGCUUAG